AAUUCACAAUCACACCCAAUUUACACCAGACCGUAGUGGCGCCGUUGUUAAAAUGUGUAAAUAUAACAAACCUAUCGUCCCCCUUUGACGUACAUCAAUUAACUGUUACGAGCGAGAAGUUUCUGUUCAUAUCGAUUCGUUAUGAUAAAUUUGAAUCGUUCGUUAAAUAAGAACAUCACCAGCCGUUCUUUGUGCACUUAUUUACUCUGAAUUUUCCAAAUAGUAGGCGUAUAAUGUCGAAUAAUUGCUAUUAUAGGAGUGGUUGUGGUUUGGGGUGGAGGAAGUAUGGUCCCUUAACAAGGCCAAACAAGGUUAAGAACCUCCGCCUUAGAUGUUCCUUGGUGAAGAAACAAAAUGUCAGCCCAAAAAAACCGGACACUGUUCGUGCCACCGAAACCCGAGAACGUGUUAACUGAAGGUCAGCAGAAGAGAAAGCACGAGCGUGAGCUGUUUCUAGGGUUUGCGUUUGGUUUACUACAAGUAUUGAUUCGGGAUGAACGCAACAUCAAUAAGACAGGCGCUGAAGACUGGAUCGACUGGACCAGAGGACACACACGUCAAAAAGACUCGAGUGGAGUAAUCGAGUUAAAGCUAACCGCAUUAGGUUGGCAUGCAGUCUUUAUAAAAUCAGCCCCGAGUGCGCGUUCUCUCCGUCCUCUUUGUCGUUCAUGAAUCAAGGUCGUAUAACCACCUCCAUCUCCUCCGCAGAAGGGAGAUGGAAGGGGCGGGGCAGCUGCUUGGAGUUCAGGUCCCUGCUUUAUAGAACAUGUAAACGGUGUGUGUGGCUCAGAUUAAACCAAAUCAAGUUCACCUUGAAUACUAGAGAAAAGGGGGACAGGUCCUUAGACGCACCGGGCAUCUCAAACAUCUGGCCAGAUGAAAGGUCAAGGACCGUCACAUUCACAUUCACGCAUAACGAACAGUAUCUAAUUGUCCCACGUAGAAUCACCCGUACCUAAUAAAUAAUCCUGAUUAAUAGGAUUAACAACGGGCGAUGGUGAAACUUGUGUCAUUUUGGAAGCAUUGUACCUUAAAACAACUGAAUAUGCUAAUCAUGUUUGAUUUUAUAGCACAUAUAUUUCGUUUAUGUAUUUUAUUUAGGCUAGUACAUGCCAGGUAUAGUGUAUAAAAUAACACUGACGCAACGGGCUCAAACAGAAGUAAAUGUGAGGUAAAAUAUUACUGGUUAACACCAAAUUUAAAAAAAUACUUUAGAAAAACAAAAACACAUUUCUACCAAUAUGUAGUACUCUGGUAAUAAUUAUACCUUAAAUACACACUAAUGAUGACAAUUUGAAUUAAUUGGGCUUAUAUAUUUUGUGUCUGGUAACGUUAUAUUCUUUCGUAGUUGAUUUUUAGCUAAUUAGCCUAAGGGCUAGUUUUGCUAGCUGCUGUUUAAGUUUAUUUAAAUUAAAAAAAAAAAAAGAAAAGAAAAUAAAAAAGUGCUUUAUGAAGACAACUGCUACGUAAAUCCCCGAAAGAGGUCGAUACGAUUCAAACUAAAAGCAAAAACGUGUUUAUUGACAAAAAGAAACGUUUAAAGUAUUACGUUAGUUCUCUGCCUUAGAAUAAUGGUCUACAGCCGGGUUGCCAGAUUGGAUUCGCAUUCGCACCCAAGUGACGGUUUGUUAAAUCCAUUCAAAUUCAUUAUAAAUUUAUAAUAAAAAAAAUAAUUCAACAAAUAAUAAUUAGAGUCAUUAAUCUUUUUCUACAAGUAUAGCACAUUAUUUCCAGGGACAAAUUCACUGAACAUGGCAACUGAGUGGGAAUACUUUCAAUAUGAGCCGGGGGUUAAAAAAAACCCCCAAAAGAAAACGGUACAAUAGCAGAGAGAAGGAAAACAGCAUGCAGGAGGGUGUGUGUGUGUGUGUGUGUGUGAGAGAGAGAGAGACCGGUGAUGUACUCUCCUCUCCUGCUGCUGAGGAGAACAUGGACGCUGUGUGCGCGCGCUUUAAACCCGCAGCAUCGCUCAUACCGCGUGUUUUCACUGCGUUUGCAGUGUGUGCGCGCGUGUUUGUUCGUGCGUGUGUGUGUGUGUGGCUCUGCACCAGUCCGAGGUAGGCGCUGGUGCUGAAGAGAACAGGACGCCUAGUCGAGCGCCCGUGUGAAUGGUGUCCAGGCAGACGGAUUCGUCAAGAUGGCGUCCACGGGCACGCAGAUCUUCGGCUUUGUGCUGGCUCUGCUCGGCAUCUUGGGCGCCACGGUCGCCACACUGCUGCCCAACUGGAAGGUGAGCGCGGACGUGGGUUCGAGCAUCAUCACGGUCAUCUCGCAGAUGCAGGGCCUGUGGAUGGACUGCACCUGGUACAGCACGGGAAUGUUCAGCUGCACGCUCAAGUACUCCAUACUGGCGCUGCCUGCGUACCUGCAGACGGCGCGCACCACCAUGGUGCUGUCCUGCGUCCUGGCCGCGCUCGGGCUCUGCCUGGCGUCGCUCGGGCUCAAAUGCACGCACUGGGGCGGCGGAAGGAGAGCGAAACGUCACGCCGCCCUAGCUGCCGGAGCCUGCUUCGUAGCCUCCGGGUUCUUGUGCCUGGUGCCUGCGUCGUGGUACACCAACGAGGUCAUCUCCAGCUUUUUGGAUGCCAGUGUACCCGAGAGCAACAAGUUUGAACCGGGCGGCGCGGUCUACGUCGCGUUCGUCUCGUCCGGUUUGCUUCUCGCCGGAGGCUUCAUCUUCUGCCUGUCGUGCUCGGCCAAGCGUCACGGCCCUCAGGAUCUGGUCCUGCUGCCUCCGGAUAAACUCUUACUCCAGCAGCAGCAGCAGCAGCUCCUCCAGCAGCAGCACUUAGACCAGCUCCAGCACCAGUACUGCACUCUCUCGCCUCUGGAUAAUAAGACGGGAUACAGCCUGCAGGACUACGUGUAACGCGAACGGCGGGAGAGCAGGACGAUGACUGUGACACACUCGUCCCAUCUUCCUCUUCUAGAAGCACAAAAUAGUGGAGGAAUUCCCAAAGUUUCCGAACGGACGAGUCGUGCGUAACCGAUGAGCGAUGUCGGAGCGAGCGGACGACAAAUAGAACGCAGACCUCCGGUAUCGGAGUGUGUUAAAAGGAUUCCCGGCGAGCGGAUUAGUCAGACAGAAAUAACCCCCCCCACAUACAACUACGGAUGCAUCGAUAACGUUAUUUUCAAUAUGACGAAAUGAGGAACCGACUCCAUAUUGAUCGGUCAAUCAAAAGGCGUCGAGGAACAUUUCCUUUUCUUCGGCGCCGUUUAUGCUUCCCUGCUACAAUUCGUUGCCAUAAAAUGUUACAAUUCUUUGUAACAUUAGCUAGCUGAAGUGAAUUAGCAAGCUACCGUAGUUCGCGCUUUUGCACUAAAUAAAGUACGUUUGUGUCUGAAAUUCCUCGUAGUCAACGACUGAUCUUGCGUAAGAACAAUAUCCUGUUAUUUAUUUUCACGUACCUAGCGUUAUCUGUAGACGUUUUUUCCCCCCUCGCCUGUUACCGCUGAGCUCCUUGUGCUCCUUGAGUUUCACGUUUAAGAUGUUUUACUUGUAUCGUAGGAAGAUACCGUAGUACCUCCUCUUGAUAUUUGUCGUAUAUUUUCAGUAUGCAGGCCAUGUCGCUCGCGAUUCGUGCCAUCUGUCGUUACGUACGCUACGAUUACGUCGCGCAGUGUCGCCUGGUAUCGGCGGGACAUUUUUAAUUUGUAUUUUUUUUUUACGAAUACAAGCAAAAGAGAGCACGGUAUGGCGCCAAUAAGAGCAUAGCUAUCGAUGCAUCCCUAGUCAUAACCCCUUCCCCAAAGAUUAGAAAUGAAAAGCAAUCAGUUAGCUGCUAAACGAUGUUUUCGUAACCUCUGCUCAAAGUAAGUCGGCAAUACGUCCCCUAAAGGCAAUAGCAUGGGAAAGCCUGUUGUUUUUUUCUUUUUACUCUCCGGCCCGGUCCGUUUGAGUAAUAGUAGAACUAAUGAAAUCUCUUGUCUUAUUUUGUUAGCUGAUAGAAUGAUUGAUAUGAUCGUUGCCUCAGCAUGCUGUUCAGAGCCUGUGCAUAAUGCAGCGGAAUGCCUGGUAGAGACUUGAGACAUAGCCACAUUGCCUGUGCCUAAAUGAGAAGAAAAAAAAAAAAAAUCUAGAACAUUAUAGCGAGCCGGUUGGGGUUUUUUUUAUUCUCGGGUGGGGAACGUGAUUAGAGAGCGAAUGGGGCUGCUGGGAAUGAUACCACACACACACACACACUUCAGCACAUCCAGAACAGAACAUGACGUCUGUAUGUGAUGUGUUUUUUUGGCUAAGCUUGCUCAGUGCAUGCUGUUUACUGCUUUAUCUCUCUCUCACACACACACGAAGUGAGCUGCAUGGGUGCUUUUUUUUUUUUUUUCUCUUUUCAAACCCACGUCAAUAUUCACUGCUAUGGAAACCGAAUCCCGCACCCAAAUAUGUGUGUACGUGUUUGGAGGUCUGUGUGAGUCAGUGAGCUAGAGGGAAAAGAGUGUGUGCGUGUGUGUUUGCUUUCGGCUCUUUAGAAGUCACCUCGGUUUCAUUCGGCGAUCCAAAGAACCCUCCAGAACACACUCGGGUGGGAGGAGCUAACCUGAACCCUGCACUAUUAUAUUAUAUGUUAUAUUAUACAGAAUAUCGUAACGAGGCGGAAUUUUCAUAGCAGUGACGCCGAUAUUGACGCUGGCACCGACGCGUUCUCUCCCCCUUUAUCUUUCGGGCCGGUUCCCAUCAGCAGUGCAUCUGCCGUCAGAUUUGCACCAGCAGGAGAUCGCUCUUCAUCUCAAGCUCCAGUGAUUUCUCAGUGCCAUCCUCAUCCUCAUCCCAGUCCUCGUUCUCUCCACGUCCAUAUGCAAAGGUGCAGAUAAUCGCCAGCAAGAACAUGGUAGCAAAAACAACUCUUAGCACAGGGGUAGUCAAUGAAGAUUAGCAACCAAGAUCACUACAGAAACGUUACAGCUAAACCGUAAAUAUUGGCACCCCUGAAUAUGGAUACCGCUGCUACCUUGCGUAUGGAGAAAGAACCAUGUUUGGUGUGUUUUUUUUUUGUCCCCAUCCAGUGCAUCAACGCUAUCACGUGCAUUAUUUCCUGGUGCGUUAACAUCCUAUAGGAGUGGCGUGUUUGCUUUCCGAGCCUUUUCUUCGGCGUAGACAUGCCUUCCUGCUCUGCUGAGACAAGGAAUUUAUUCCAUGUUGCUCUGAGCUUGGAAAGCAAGCCCUGGCGCUGAUGGAUGGCACAGCGCAUUCUUCCUCUCGAGCAGAUUCCCACAGGCGAGCAGAUGGCUCUGCCCAGCUUCUCUCUCUCGCAGGCAUCCGUGGGCGUGCUGAGUGGGCACGGAGAUGCCCUCCUGGGGCAGAUUACCCCACCCCUCAGCCCACUGUGCCAGCGCUCGCGCCAUAAUGACUAGCAUUACUCGAUGCAAUAAUUUUCUCCUCCUCAUGCCCUAUUGAUCUGUCCAUACACUGCCAUUGUUUCAGCUGUGAAUGUGCCAAAUCCAUGGUAUUUAUAUAUACACACACACACACACACACACACAUACAUAUAUAUAAAAAUGUACUGUUAUGUGAUGUAACAGUUAUUUAACGAAUCCUCCAUCUUGUCAGGUUCAACACGGAGGAUUACAUAACUCCAACAAAGCAAUCAUUUCAUGUUCAUAAGCCAUUUCUAUUCAGCACUUCAGGAUAUUUUUUAAAAAAUAUUUCUCAUGCUUUGGGAUUCCUUUCUGCAAAGUUCUGUGAUGCAGUAUAUUAUCUACAUUAUAUAUAUAUUAUCUAUAUAUAUAUAAAUAUAACUUCUCGCCAGUUCGGCAGCUUGAUUGAUUUGAUCUGACCUUUUAUUGAAGAGAAUAUACGUAUAUGCAGUUCUCAGUUUUAAAACCCAGGCAUGUUUAUAGUGAAUCUUCUUUAUAAGAAGACGACGCUUUUCCUUUUUAUUAUUAUUAUUAUUUUUUUUUUUUACACCUUUACUUGUGUAAGCCCAUAUUACUGCAGAUGUUUUGAUUAAAUAUAUUGCUAAAUAAAAAGCAGAUUAAAUGUAAAUAGUGUGUUCGAAGUGCGUCAGGCCAAAAAAAAAAAAAAAAAGAAGAAGAAGAAAAAAAAAAAGCCUUAAACCCAUGUUAUGCAGCGUACCUUUCGUUAGCGCGUUAAAACACGAGCUUCAGCCGCUGCUCGGGCCGCGGUUCUGUUUGGUGGAUAACUGAAGGGUUCUCGGGGGGACGGACGCAGCUUAUUUUUGUGGACGCUUCAGCACUUCUUGAUUUUGCAGAGAAAUGAGCUUCACGUGUGACUCUGCUGUUGUUUCAGUCUGCUUGUGCAAGUAGUUCUAUUUUUUAUUAAUAAAACUAUUUUGUGGACGCAGUUUGUCUAAAAAAAAAAAAAAAAAAAAAAGGAAAAAAAGAAGCCUUUUUCUUUAUUUGCUGCUGACUCUUUUUGUUAUUCUUUCUGUCUUUUCCCUCCCUCUUCCUCAGAUCCCACUGUGCUGUGCGAGUGUGUAGGCCGGUGUGCUAUUUCUAUUUAAUCCCUAUAGACGCGUUUUCUUUCGUUAUUUUUUAAAUCCGUCAUCGCUUCUGUAGGAAACGAACAAAAGAGGAGUACAGAAAGGAAAACAAAAACAUGCAAGACAUCACUGCUGGAUUUUGUCAACGUCCCUCUCGAUUAAAGGAGCGGUUUGUAAAUUUUUCUGCCGCCCCCUGCUGCCUCCAAGAUGAAUUGCAAUGGCAAAAAAAAAAAACAUUAACCAGCUUUCCACGUUCCCACUGCAAACCAAACCGCUCUGUACGUUUCCUAACCUGCAGCUGGUUGAUUCACAGAUGGGCCCAGAGCUCCAGUCUGGCUUUUCUGGGCCAGAAAAUGUAAACCUACCGAAUGCUUUCACACUAGGUGUUUCUUUUGUGCUAGGAUGCUCUUACCGGUCCUAGAUACUAUCAGUAAUACGUUUGUCUUUGCUAUAGCUUUGGAGACAGAAAAUCAAGAGAAUUUUAGCUGCAUGCGUGACUCGACAGUCAGUUAAAAGAGGGACGUCACAUCACAUACCGGAGAACAUCUUUAAAAAUAAAUAAAUAAAUAAAUAAAAUACGCACGUGGUUUUUUAUUUUUAGUAACACUUCAACACCGGAGUGAAAUAUUUUUCUAUUCAGCAUGUCCUAAAUCUCCAUGACGACUCAUUUUUCACCAGCACGUUGUCCUCUAUAUUUGUAUUUCUUACUUGCCUCUCAGAUUGCGACCUGACUGAUCAGGAGGUAAAAAAAAAUUAAUCAUCAAUAAAUAAUAAUAAAUAAAAAAGUCUGUGAUGUCAUUCAGGGCCAAAAAUGCCAGGAGUCAAAGCACCAUGACACGCCAUCGUUGAAAUUACAUCAAUGAUUAACCAUCUCGAAGAUGCUGAACAUGACAAACUGCCCCUUUAAGGCAUCACUGACUCAUUUAUUGACAGCAGAUUUUCUUUUUUGGGUUCCUCAUCAGCACACACGAAUACACCGAGAUGUCAGAGUGUGUGUGUAAUAAGGGUCGGCAGGCUGUGGAGCAGCAGGUUAGUCAUCCAGGUUGCAGCACAUUGCAGCCAAGAGUGUGUUGAUGGUGCUGAAAUCGGCUCGCCGUGAGCCGUGUCACGCAGACCGAGCCGUCCUGUACGUGUCCUCGCAGACCUGCCAUGUCUCAUCAUCCGCUUUCAGCCUAACGUGCCCGACGGCGAGCCGGCAGACUCGGCAACCCGCGUUAUAAAUGGCUCCCUCCUACGAGGACGCUGCGUACGAAUACCAGUGGCAUGUACCACGGCUGGUUGACUCUUCAGCCUAAUUGCGCUUUAAAUCAAUAUUGACACGGAGGCUUUUUCAUGUUUCCUCUUCGGAACAAAACGUCCAUCCAGCUACGAUUAUUCAGGAAAUAAACUGUUAUGAAACCUCACAAGGAAAAUCUAGAACGAAGUAGAAGGAGUCCUGUGUGUUUAACCUACAUUUGCUUAAUGGGUCUCUGGACUACGGUGCAGAAGUGACGGAUUGUGAUUCACGACUGAAACCCUGAGGGUCGUUUAACGCCGGCACUGAAUCGGAACUUCUUCGCCGUUAAACUUUCCGAUUUUAAAUUGAUCCAUCCGUUAUCUGUGGGUUUAAACACCACACGAAAGGUCUUAAGUCUCCCCAAAGACAUUAAGAAGAAACCUUGAGAAGAACCAAGACUCGGAUAGCGGGAUUAAAGCAAGAGGAGUUCGUGUAGAGCAAGAUCAUGUGAAUUAAUGCUAAUUACAAAUCACAACCAAAGUCCUGCUGGUAAAGUCUGUCCACCAGCCUGGCGAUGCUCCCCGGCAGCGCUUCUCAGUCCUACAAGACCAGACUGCUCUCUUCUGGAAUGGCGAGAGAUCUAUACACCACACACGGAUGGGAACGACGAAUCCGACAGAAAUGGUGUCAACAACUACCAAACCAAGGUGCCGUAUAUAUCUGCCCAAGCAUCAGUGUAAGAAUCCAGACGAUAAAAUUUUGCCCGAGGGGCGGGAUUUCCGUACCGCGUUCGCCUUGUUUAGCAUCACACGCUCCCCGAAAUAUACAUUUCUCAUAUUUCAAACAGUGCUGUGUUUUUGCUCAUGAUUUCUCUGGCAGAAGAACUUACACCAUGCAAAUGUACUGCACUCGUCCCACCAAAGUCGAUUAUUUUCCUAAAGCAGCAUGUCCCGAAGUGGCGGAUUCCUCUAAAGUUCUGAAAAUGUCCGAACGUUUAUAAAAAAAAAUAAAAUAAAUAAAUAUAAUAAUAAAAAAAAGUUACAGCUUUCCCUCUGACUGUUAAAGUGCUGACACUGGAGACUCCUUCCAUAAAACAUUAAACAAACACAUUUCUCCUUACAAAAAAAAUUCACCAUAUCAGCGCACAUACAGGCGUGAUUUUCAUCCCAAGCAAGCAGAAGCACUAGUAUGCAGUGGGUAAAUUUUCCUCGAACAGGACAGGAUAUGAUAGAAUAUAUGGGAGAAUAUAACUGUGUAUCUCGCUCUCUUGCACACACACACAGACAUAUACUCUGACCUUUCCUUGAUGCCUCAGCAGCUCUAACCCCAGGGCAUAUCUCUCAAGACUGAUGAUCCUGCCCUUGCCUGGUGGGCUGUAAACUGCUGAGACAGGCACGAUGGGCCCGGGAGAGUAUCCUAUCUGACAAUUCACAGCUUGUAAUAUUCCACACAGAGCACUCUUUCACUGCUUCGGGGUUUUAUUUUAUGCUCUCGCGUGAAAAACCCUCACGUUAAGGUCGCGACAAAUAGAACCGCGUCCCGGGAACGUUCGCGGUCGGCUCACUCGGCUGAGCGUCGUUUAUAACGUUUAAAAAAACGUUUUCGGAGCGCAGGACGAGGGUCGAUUAUGCACGGGGUGCGAAAACUCUCCGGGAAUGUUCAGAAGGCGUGGAUAAACACGCUUUUGUUUUGCAGUGUUAAACCUUCCGUGACGAGCACAACGAGGUGGGAGGUGUUGAGCAUCACGUACCGAUGCACACGUUCAGCCGUCUGCCUUCGAGGCACAGCGCGCCGUUUUUACUUGAGACCUUUCUUGUAAUGUAUAGAUCUGAGCGUCCUGUUAUUCUGCGCGCACACUGCAGUGGACUUCGGGCCAAAAAAAAAAAAAAGGCAGCACCAGUAAUUUUCAAAUCAAGCUAUUACCGAGGCACAAGGGAGCGAGAUUUAUUACCCUCUCCCUCCACUCAAUUCCGCAAUAAACUCCAGACAUUAUUACAGAACCUGCGACGGCUGCGUACACCGAGGCCGCGCUGUAAAUGACUGAAUAUUCAUCUGAUACUGUCUGAAUUAUGAGGAUUUACUGCUUUGACCUUGCCUAGCCAAGGCUUGGAUUACUGAUGAUUAGAAAAUAAAUACAUCUACGUUCUUCCGUUCUAUACACAGAACCACGUUCUAGACCUGGAGCUUAAAGAAACGUGGCCGUGAUCCAGCUCGCUGCGCUUCUGAACCAUUUAAGUGGCCAAAUUUUAAACAGGCGUAUUUUUAGAUUUAACCUUGAGACUUGAUGUAUUAAGGGAAAGCUGCCACGGGCUUUUGUAUACCCCUGAUACCUCAUUUGACCCCAUUUGGUAUCAGAUCUGGCUCCGUUUAUCAUAACGGGUGCUGUGAUCCUCACGGUGGUCAUCGUUCUGUUCUGUUCUAUGGAAAGUUUUUGACAUUUUGCGAUAAUGGAAUCCGUACAACGGGCAAAUAAAAGAAGCCGUUAUAGACGUGCAAGUCAGAGUAGCUGUCGAAGCAGUUUUAAAGCAGCAGUUUGUAAUUUCUAGAGCCCUCUGCUGUUUGCGAGGUGAAUUACAAUUAUAAUUUAAACACUGACAUGUCAUCUCCUUCCCCCUGAACCGACCUCGCCUCCUCUGUUUGAAGCACAUAAGCCGUCUGAGAUUUAAAAAACAAACUAACGUAACGUAAAUCAUACAGUAUAGCAAAAUAUUUCGGAUAAUCAUUAUAUAAUAACCACCUGGAGCAUGCGUGGGGGCGAUUUAUCCUGUGGUCACGUUAACGUGCGUGAAAUGAGGAUGGUUAUUUUGCAAAAAUGUCCUAUUAACAGUUUGCCAUACAAUGGAUCUAACUGCUUUCUUCAUUUAAAGCUUGAGUAUGCGUUUUUCUGGCCCUGAAAUUAGCCUAGCCCACACACAGACCAGAGCUGCUCAGCCCUGCCCCCUUGUUAGAGAAAAGAGCCAGGGCUGAGCAGCUCUGGUCUA